AAAAAGGCUCUAAAUCCCGAGGCUCUCAUGAACGUUAGCCAAAUCAUCUGCCACAGAGGGUACCCCAGUGAGGAGUAUGAAGUGCUGACUCGUGAUGGCUACUACAUCCACCUGAAUAGAAUUCCUCAUGGAAGAGAAAAGCCUAAGAACAGAGGGGCCAAGCCAGUCGUGUUUCUCCAGCACGGGAUAUUUGGAGAAAGCAGCCACUGGGUGGAAAAUCUGGCUAACAACAGCCUUGGCUUCAUACUAGCAGACUCUGGCUAUGAUGUGUGGCUGGCAAACAGCCGGGGGACGAGCUGGUCCCGGAGACACCAGCACCUUUCAGCCGACCAGGCAGAAUUCUGGGAUUUCAGCUUCCAUGAGAUGGCAAUGUACGACCUCCCGGCCGCCAUCGACUUUGUGCUGCAGAAAACGGGGCAGAAGCAGCUCCACUACGUUGGCUACUCCCAGGGCUGCUCAAUUGCGUUUAUUGCGUUUUCAUCCAUGCCCGAACUGGCUCAGAAAGUCAAAAUGUUUUUUGCCCUGGCUCCAGUAGUGUCACUCAAGCACACCAGAAGUCCAUUCAUGAAGAUGCAGGUCCUUGUGGACAGCAAGCUCAACAUGAUUCCGCUGCUGCUGGGCAGGACGGACGCGUCCCUGAGGAUCAGGAAGCUCUGGCGCUUUCUCCCCGAGCUCUGCAGGCACACACUGCUGCACAAGCCCUGUGCCAACCUGCUCUUCCUGCUGGGUGGCUACAACGAGAAGAACCUCAACAUGACACGGCUGGAUGUGUACACAUCCCACUACCCAGAUGGCACCUCUGUCAAAAACAUCAUCCACUGGGCCCAGGUGAUAAAAUCUGGAGAAUUCAAAGCCUUUGACUACGGCAGCAAGAACGCAGCUAGGUACCACCAGGACACACCACCUUUGUACCGCCUGGAGGACAUGCCAGUGCCCACCGCGGUGUGGUCGGGAGGGCAGGACUGGGCAGCUGACUGGAGGGACGUGCUCCAGCUGCUGCCCCGCAUCAGCCACCUCGUCACCUACACCCACAUCCCCGACUGGAACCACUGGGACUUUGUCUGGGGCCUGGAUGCCCCUGGGCGCCUCUACAGCAGCAUCCUGAAGCUGAUGGAGGGGUCCUGGUAG